UUAUUUGCCAUGUUGAGGUAACAUGACCAGUGUAUAUGUAAAUUUUUAAGGCGUGUACAAUUUAAAAUUUUUAUUACACUUUCCUUCAUAAUGAAGGUAUUAUUUUUUGUGGCAUUAUAUUUUGCGAAGUUUCAUUUAAUUUAUAGUAUAACAGUACACCAACAUAGACUAGAAGACAACAAGUCUGCAUCUGGUUGGAUUAGCGCUGAAGAGUACAGUAUUGAAGGGCUAGAUAAUGUAAACAUUCCGUUGUCUCCAGUCAUAUGUUCAGAUCGACGUGGAAGUCAAGCUUGUUCUGGAAACACGAAAAGUGGUAAUAAUGUAAGUGAAACACAAGUAACAAAACCGCCCGACUACAAAAUUCUAUAUGAGGCCGCAGUACAGCCGACUAUCAGAUCACAACCCUCUGUUGAACGGAAUACGCCAUGGGAAAUUAUUAAUCGACGAGAAGCUAAUAUGGCAAAUUCAGUACCCAUGGUUGCAGUGGGUACGUACGGUGGCAUGCAAUACCUGUAUGCACAUCCAAACUUACUUGCUUCAACAAAUCGUUUCCCUCCAAUUUCAAAUUUACCACCUGUUUCUUCAACUCACAUUCAUGAAUCGCUUCCAGUUCAAGACCAACAGAAUGGAAAUUUUCUGAGUAGACCAGUACGAUUAAUACGUUCAAACGAGGAAGAGGAUUUUUUAGCGGAAUUAUCGCAUAGAGCAAUAAUGAAGAACAUACUUCCAACGAUGUCAGUACGGUCUCCUUAUGUUAACCAAGUACCUUAUUAUUUGCCUCAAGUAGCAGUAUUUCCAUAUACUGUCACUGGUUGUUCAUUACCAUUGUUGUUAUCUUGUUCACCUAAUAUAAACUAUGGUACUUUAGAUCAAAUGAUGUAUCGCAAACCUUACAAAAUACCACCUCCGGAAAAAGUGUACGAAAAAGAUGUCGAGCUGAAACACGCUGAGGUAAAGGAUGUCGAUAAAACAAAAAGUCCAAUAAAACAUGACAAUAUUAUGAUGCAACUCAUGAAAUCGACCACUACAAAGAAUCCUUUGGAGAAUGCAGAUCACGUGAAACAUAAUAAAUUUGCUGACUCAAAUUUAAGUGAAAUGAAACAUACUCGUACUGAUAUCUUAAAGGGGAAACAUGAUCCACAUGAUUAUAAGCAACUAGUUUUCAAGCAAACGGGGAAGAACCACACUGACAAAAUAUAAGAUUUAAGACAAUCUUUUACGUUAUAGAUUAUGUAUAAUUUGAUUAUUUCAUAUUAUUUUAAAAGUGUUUUUUUUUUAACUGUCUAACUGAA